AGUAACUCCCACUACUGCAGUGAGCAACUUCAAUUCACAACUCCAUGCCAUAUCCUUAACCAUUCAACAACUCAUCUUUACAGUCGCUUGUCUCAUUAUUCUUACAUUAUUCUUUGUAAGGGCCCAUUCCCUUAGCCUGAGUCCACCGCAUCUGAUACGACAAAGCGAUUCCAAGGCUAUAGAUUCGUCACCCCGCUCCCCACCUCCCGAUCUCUAUCGCAGACUCUCGAAAGAAACGAUUCCCAGCAAAGUCGCACGAUAUUUCCAGAAUGGCUUCCGACAUUUCAGCUCAAGCCGCUGCUCCGCCGUCCUCCGAGAAUGCUUUCCCUUCGCAUCGCCUUACUUUGCGACAACGCUAUCCUGAGAAAACGCCUCUUGUGCUGGUGGCUUGCGGAUCUUUCUCUCCAAUAACUUAUCUUCAUUUGAGGAUGUUCGAAAUGGCGUCAGACUAUGCUAGAUUCAAUACCGAAUUCGAAAUUAUGGGUGGAUAUCUCUCACCUGUCGGAGAUGCAUACAAGAAGGCUGGCCUUGCCGCGGCGACACACAGACUCCGGAUGUGUGAAUUGGCUGUAGAAUCAUCGGAGUUUAUAAUGGUUGAUCACUGGGAAGCCAAGAAUAGUUCAUACAUACCUACGGCUCUGGUGCUAGAUCACUUCAACCAUGAGAUUAAUGAGGUCCUCGGGGGAGCAGAAAAGCCAGAUGGGACCAGAGUACCUAUACGGAUUGUACUCUUAGCUGGAGCAGACCUUGUCCAAACUAUGUCUACACCAGGUGUAUGGAGCAUUGACGAUUUGGAUCACAUUCUUAAAGUCUACGGCGCUUUCAUCGUGGAACGACAAGGGACCGAUAUCGACGAUGCGCUCUCAAGUCUUGAGGCUUAUAGAAAUAAUAUCUACGUGAUCAAACAAAUCAUACAAAACGACGUCAGCUCGACCAAGAUCAGACUCUUCCUACGAAGGGAACUGAGCAUCAGGUACCUGGUCCCCUCAGCAGUCGUCGAAUAUAUCGAGGCAAACGAUCUAUACAAGGCGGAAGGCGUACCACAAAUAGAAGACAAAGGGAAAGGGAAAGCAGUCGGUUAAAUACCCAGCGAAUUAUUGUUAUUUGUUUUUUAGAGUAAGAUACCUAGACAGGAAUAGCGAACGCAAGGUCUCGUCUCUUGCUUGGGCUUCGUGGCCAGAAAUGCUCGAGAUUUUGAAGCCUGCAACGGUGACGGAUUUUUUCGGUGUUUGAUGAGCUUGCUGCAAUCUCCCACUUUAUAAGAGAUUGGUUCGCAUUGCUCGUGGGGUGCUUUGUCGGCCUGGGGUGGAUCGGGAGUUGCUUAGAUAGUGAAGGGUCGAGUUGCGACGUGUGUUUGAAGCGAGUGUAAAGGGGGCGAGACAAGCGCGAUUCAAUUUACGAUUUGGAUUAGAGCGUAAUAAAGCAAUCACAAGGAUCUUUACAGGCAAGAAAUUUUCAAAUUUUCGGGAACUCCGGAGGAGGG